UUCCACAGCUACUCAUCGUAACUAACUAGCUCUAGCUAAUCACAUCACCACCAUAAACCAGCUUUGUGAUUUCGAUUUGGCCACCAAUGACUAGUGCACCAGUAAUUGCAAUGUUCCUUCUGCUGACCACCACCGGGCUGGCAGCGGCCAACAAAGAUUGGGGAUACGGCGGCGGAAACAACGGUGGCUGGGGUGGCGGCGGGUUCCCAAGGCACCGGCCGGUGGAGGAUCACUACAGCCCCCGGAAGGUGGUGGUGGGCGGAAACCAGACGAGUUGGCAGUUUGGCUUUGACUACACCAAUUGGGCCAUUCGCAACGGUCCCUUCUUCGUCAACGACACUUUAGUGUUUAAGUACGAGAUGCCGGCAGACAACAGUUCGCGGCCGCACAGCGUGUACCAGCUGCCGGACCUGCGGAGCUUCCUGAGGUGCGACGUCAGCAAGGGGAAGAUGCUGGCCAACUGGACCGACGGCGCCGGCGAAGGGUUCGAGUUCGUGAUGGACAAGUGGCAGCCUUACUUCUUUGCCUGCGGCGAGGCUAACGGAAUCCAUUGCAAUAUUGGGAAGAUGAAGUUCUUCGUCAUUCCAUUCCUCCGCCGUUGGAACUUCUGAUCCAUCAGCAUCCGUCCUCGCUGGCGCCGAGUGGUGGUGCCUCCAAAUUUUGGUCCUGGAAUUUGUUUAGUUCCCCAUGUGUGGCUAAAUGUUCAAUUAUAUCCCCUAUGAUUUGGAAAUUGGAAAUAAAACUUCCUCUGGAGCUUAUGACUGAUUAUGUAGCUUGGUAUAAUAAGGCUAAUUAAGAAGG